CUAAUACAAAUAAUAUCAUCUCCACUCUCUAUAAGUAUUAAGAAUCUCCAUUCCAAUUUCCAACGAAAAACAAACUCACUCUCAAAAAUCAUAAUCAUUCACUUACUAUUAAAAUUUCUCAUACAAUUAAGCCUUGUGUCACACUAUCAUCUUAUUUAAACGAUGACGCGGCUGGCAGAGGUCGUGGGCGGCACCACGGCGGAGUGCGCGGCGGUGUGCUGCUGCUGCCCCUGCGGCCUGGUGAACCUCCUCGUGCUGGCCACGUGCAAGGUGCCGGCGGGGCUCUGCCGGAAGGCGCUGAGGCAGAAGCGUCGCCGCAGGCUGUUGAAGAGGGGACUGCUGCCGUCGGCCAAGUGCACAUCCGACGACAAGGACUUCCAGAUUCACCCGGCGCCGUCGAGCGCGGAGGUGAUGGAGCUCGAUAAGGAGAUGUUCGAUCAGUUCUACAGCGGCGGAUUUUGGAGGAGCUCAUCGGGCCGAAUGUGAUUUCUCACGUUAGUUUUAUUUUUGUGACAAACGUAAUAUAGGAUAGGUAUAUUAAUUGAAAUAAAUGGAUCCCGACUUAAAGGAGAUAUGUAUGGCGUCAUUUGCCUUUGUUUCCAUCUCUUUUUGUUAGUGGAUCGGUGCUAUUGUGUAAGUGUGAUAUUGUGUAUGUGUGAGGUGGUUGUUUUUUCGCA